UUCCUGUGGGGGGGAGGGCACGCCAAUGAGGGCUGGGCCUGUCACGUGGGCCUGACAGCUGGGGAGGGGGUGGCUGGCGACAAUGUGGACCGGAGGCCGCCGGCGCUGUCUGCUGCGCUGCUGAGACCCCCAGACUGCCGGCCCCGGGCCGCCCCCCGCGGGCUCUUGGCCUGGCCGCACCAUGUUCUCCAGGAAGAAAAGGGAGCUCAUGAAAACCCCUUCUAUCUCAAAAAAGAACCGGGCGGGAAGCCCCAGCCCACAGCCCUUGGGGGAGCUGCCCAGGAAAGACGGGGCCGACACGGUGUCCCUCGGACCUGGUCUGGAGCUGCCGAGCGCGGCCUCGGGCACACUCAGGCGGCCCACCAGCCUGAGCCGCCAUGCCAGCGCUGCUGGCUUCCCACUCUCUGGUGCCAGCUCCUGGACCCUGGGCCGGGGCCACCGCAGCCCGAUGACAGUGGCCAGCCCAGCGGAGCCGCCUACCGAGGGGCCCUGCCCUGACGCAGUGGAGGACAUCUCCCAUCUGCUGGCCGACGUGGCCCGCUUCGCCGAGGGUCUUGAGAAGCUCAAGGAGUGCAUACUGCAUGACGACCUCCUUGAGGCCCGCCGGCCACUGGCCCACGAGUGCCUGGGCGAGGCCUUACGUGUGAUGCGCCAGGUCAUCUCCAAGUACCCACUGUUGAACACUGUGGAGACGCUCACGGCUGCUGGCACCCUCAUCGCCAAGAUUAGAGCCUUCCACUACGAGUGCAACAAUGAGUCAGACAAGCAGGAGUUUGAGAAGGCCCUGGAGACCAUCGCCGUCUCCUUCAGCAGCACCGUGUCUGAGCUCCUCAUGGGAGAAGUGGAUAGCAGCACCCUCCUGUCAGUGCCCCCUGGGGACCCGAGCCAGUCCAUGGAGAACCUGUAUGGGCAGGGUGGGGAGGGCGCGCCCCACAGCGCCGAGGACUGCGACCCGGGCUGCCUGGCCCCCGAGGAGGUGGACACGCUCCUGCAGCGCUGUGAGGGGGGUGUGGAUGCCGCGCUGAAGUAUGCCAAGAACAUGGCCAAGUACAUGAAGGACCUCAUCAGCUACCUGGAGAAGCGGACAGCGCUGGAGAUGGACUUUGCCAAAGGCCUGCAGAAGAUUGUGCACAAUUGCAGACAGAGCGUCAUGCAGGAGCCCCACAUGCCCCUCCUGUCCAUCUACUCGCUGGCUCUGGAGCAGGACCUGGAGUUUGGCCACAGCCUGGUGCAGGCAGUGGGCACGCUGCAGACCCAGACCUUCAUCCAGCCUCUGAACCUAAGGCGGCUGGAGCAUGAGAAGCUCAGGAAGGAGGUCAAGGAGUCGUGGCACCGCGCCCAGAGGAAGCUGCACGAGGCGGUGUCCAACCUGCGGAAGGCCAAGCAGGGCUACUUUCAGCGGUGCGAGGACCACAACAAGGCUCACCUCCUGGUGUCCAGGGCUGAGGAGGAGCAGGCGGGCACUGGGCCUGGGGCAGGGGGUGCGGCAUCCAAGACCCUGGACAAGCGGCGGCGUGUGGAGGAGGAGGCCAAGAACAAGGCGGAGGAAGCCAUGGCCACGUACCGCACAUGCGUGGCGGACGCCAAGACGCAGAAACAGGAGCUGGAGGACACCAAGGUGACAGCGCUCCGGCAAAUCCAGGAGGUCAUCCGGCAGAGUGACCAGACCAUCAAGUCGGCCACCAUCUCCUACUACCAGAUGAUGCACAUGCAGACAGCCCCGCUGCCCGUGCACUUCCAGAUGCUGUGCGAGAGCAGCAAGCUGUACGACCCGGGCCAGCAGUAUGCCUCCCACGUGUGCCAGCUGCGGCGCGACGAGGAGCCAGAUGUCCGCUACGACUUUGAGCCCCACGUCUCCAACACCUGGUCCCCCGUCAUGCGUGCCCGGAAAGGCAGCUUCAACGUCAGUGAUGUCACAGGCACGGAGGCUGCGGGCAGCCCCCCAGAGGAAGGAGGGCCCAGCGAUGGGGCGCUUGCCAAGGGGAGCAGGGAUGUGCCUCCUCCCACAGGUAGGCGCGGGCACCAGCCGCACAAGUCCUGGCCCAUCUCCGUCUCGGACUCUGACGGCAGCCUGGACCCCAGCCCCGGCUCAGGGGACUUUAAGAAGUUCGAGCGGACAUCGUCCAGUGGCACCAUGUCAUCCAGUGAGGAGCUGGCGGACCCAGAGGGCGGCGCAGGGGUGUCCGCCUUCGAGCAGGCCGACCUCAACGGCAUGGCCCCCGAGCUGCCAGUGGCUAUGCCCAGUGGCCCCUUCCGCCACAUGGGGCUGUCCAAAGCGGCCCGUACCCACCGGCUCCGAAAGCUGCGCACGCCAGCCAAGUGCCGGGAAUGCAACAGCUAUGUCUACUUCCAGGGUGCCGAGUGCGAGGAGUGCUGCCUGGCCUGCCACAAGAAGUGCCUGGAGACCCUGGCCAUCCAGUGUGGCCAUAAGAAGCUGCAGGGCCGCCUGCAGCUCUUCGGCCAGGACUUCAGCCGAGCUGCCCGCAGAGCCCCCGACGGCGUGCCCUUCGUCAUCAGGAAAUGCGUCUGUGAGAUCGAGCAGCGGGCCCUGCACACCAAGGGCAUCUACCGGGUCAACGGGGUGAAGACGCGUGUGGAGAAGCUGUGCCAGGCCUUCGAGGCUGGCGAGGAGCUGGUGGAGCUCUCCCAGGCCUCGCCACACGAUAUCAGCAACGUGCUCAAGCUCUACCUGCGCCAGCUGCCUGAGCCGCUCAUAUCCUUUCGGCUCUACCAUGAGCUUGUGGGGCUGGCCAAGGACAGCCUGAAGGCUGAGGCUGAGGCCAAGGCGGUGUCCCGGGGCCGGCCGGACGUGGCCGAGAGCGAGGCUGCGGCCGUGGCCAUGGCUGGCCGGCUGCGGGAGCUGCUGCAGGACCUGCCCCCGGAGAACCGGGCCUCACUUCAGUACCUGCUGCGGCACCUGCGCAGGAUCGUGGAGGUGGAGCAAGACAACAAGAUGACCCCGGGGAACCUGGGCAUCGUGUUUGGGCCCUCGCUGCUGCGGCCGCGGCCCACCGAGGCCACCGUGUCCCUCUCCUCGCUUGUCGACUAUCCCCACCAGGCCCGCGUCGUGGAGACCCUCAUCACCCACUACAGCCUGGUGUUUGAGGAGGAGCCCGAGGGGGUGCCCGGGGGCCAGGAUGGGACGUACAACCAGCAGGCUGAGGUGGUGGUCCAGAUGCCGUACCUGGAGGCGAGUGAGGGGGCUGCCUUCCCCCUGCAAGAGGUGGCUGAGGAUGGGGGCCAAGGAUCCCGCGUUGCCUCCAAUGACUCUGACUCUGACCUGGACGAGGCCUCGGGGCUGCUGUCCCCGGCAGGCGGGGCCACCCUGCACCGCCUCAGCUUCCUGGAGAAGCAGGGCAGCGAGGCCGGCACGGAGGGGAGCCGAGGCAGCUGCAGCGGCAGCGAGGAGCGGCUGGAGGCCGUGGCCGGGCUGGGCGGGGACGGGGACGGGGACGGGGCGGGUGAGGGCGAGGACCUGGCCCAGCCGCUCUCCGAGUACAACACCAACCAGAACAACAGCGUUGCCGGGGCCUGGCUGCCUGCCAUGAGGCUCCGCAGGGGCAGGUGGGCUGCGGUGGGUGCUGGCCAGGACAGGUGGCUGGUGUUCGUCUAGCUGGGGCGGGCCCAGUUCCCGUCCCCGUGGGCAUCCCUGCGCCCGGCCACGUCGUCCUGGGCUCUGUGGCCGGAGCUCUCAGGCUGCGCGUCCACUCACCGGGGGGCCUCCCUGCCACCCGCAGUGAGGGCAGCACCGGCCACCUUUUCCAGAGGCUUCCAGGAGCUCGUAUCCCUGUGCCCCUGUGCCUGGCAGGCCCGCUUGGCCAAACUGGAGUUACUCCGGGGCUGUGUGGACGGGAAAACAUCCCUGCUGAGCGACCCCUUUCCUUGGGCCCAGCCACCCGUCCACCACAGGCUCUGUCCUGGCCUCAUGCCGCCAGGCCGUGGCAGCCACACUGGGUGGGCUGGCGGUGGCUUCAAGACGCCCUUGCUUUUGUGGAGAACUGGGAUUGGACCCCUGGGCCUUAGGUACAGGGUUAGUGCCUUCUCAGGCCACACUGUGGUUCUUUGACAUGCAUUUAUUUUGCUUAAAAUAAAGUUUUUGACCUGG